CAUAAACAGUAGGUCUGACAUGUUUUAGACCGGCUCAGUCCUAACUGGACACAUUUGUGUUGCAAAUUAUAGCAAAUGUACGUUCUUUAGGCCUUACUGUGAGUACCACAGAUGGAAAACUAUUUUAAGAUGAUUAGUGAGAACCCACAUUUGGGCCCUUCCAUCGCACAAUAAGCAAGCUAUCCUUGGGGACUGUACUUGGAUCACGUGGACAUGACCGAGAGUGUGGGAGGUUUAUUGGAUGAGAAAUUGUCAUUUGUAUUGACCAUCACAGCUGACCACUGCAGGGGAGCGAAAACGCGUUUCAUAAAGACCGAAAGAUCCGGCAGCGGUGAACACUGGGAGUAAACUGGUCCGCAAGCAUGGCAGAAGGGGUGUGUAAGACCGAGGAGGAUGAAGGACCGAGUACAGAGGAGGAUUCACAGUCUUUCCACGGGGUCGGCGUGUGUAAAUGGUUCAACGUCCGCAUGGGCUUCGGGUUCCUGUCCAUGACCAACCGAGAGGGCGUGCCACUGGACGAACCAGUUGAUGUGUUUGUUCAUCAGAGCAAGUUGCACAUGGAAGGCUUCCGCAGCCUGAAGGAGGGAGAGGCAGUCGAAUUUACCUUCAAGAAGUCAUCAAAGGGCCUGGAGUCACAGCGAGUUACAGGACCAGGUGGCAUCCACUGUGUGGGCAGCGAGCGACGACCCAAAGGCAAGAAGGUCCAGAAAAGACGUUCAAAGGGAGACAGGUGCUACAACUGCGGAGGCUUGGACCACCACGCCAAAGAAUGCAAGUUACCACCACAGCCUAAGAAGUGCCAUUUCUGCCAGAGCAUUAACCACAUGGUUGCCAACUGCCCAAUCAAAGCACAACAGUCCUCACCAGGUUCUCAGGGAAAACCAUCCCCCUUGAAAGGAGAUGAAGAGGAGCACAGCCACUCAGCACUGCCUCCCAAGACCUCUGAUUAAACGGGGAAUCGGGCAACUGACACCGGGGAAGCACAAAGGCCAAUCAAACUGCUUUGAUGGAGGGAUGGGACACAACAAUCCCCUUCCACCUGUUGAAGCUGCUUUUGGAACUACCUCAGGUUAAAACAUUGCUCAUGAAGAAUGUUGCUGAAGUUUUUUUUUGUUUGUUUUCAUUUGGUGUAAUACUCAGGAAUACUGCGUAUUAUUGCACUCAGGACGCUUUCUCAGUAUAUGAAUCACUGCUGUUUUGGGGGGGGUUUUAGAUUGUAGUGAGCAAUACCAAAUAGUGAAUUAUCUUGAUACAUUUUUGUAGAAUCUGUUUCUUUUAUGUGAAACUGUGCCUCUCCUGUGGGCAUUAUACCUCUUUUUUGCGUGAUACCAGUCAGUGUGUUUAGUACAGAGCUACACUUUUGCUGCCUUACCAUUUAGUCCCCUUCCUGACUGUUACACCUCACUAUCUGACAAGGCAGAGACAUGACAGAUUGUACCUCUGUAAUAAGUGUUAUUUUGCAUAUCGCAUAGGGGAGGGUUCGUGAAAACUCUUGGGACGGGUUUCAGGUUAUAGGCAAUGAAUUAACAUCUGCCGAUACUGUAAUCGACCAUCCAGCUUUCCUGGGGCCAAAUGAAUGUCAGACCAGAAAUGGUUUCCAGUUUCUGGUCAAUAGUUUUUUGUUUGUUUGUUUUGUUUUGUUUUUGUGUUUUUAUCCAGCAUCUUGCUGGCUGUCUAAAGGUGCGCAGUCUACCUCACUGGUGCAUGUUUGGUCUGCUACUAAAGCUAUCAUCUUAACUGCUGAUGCUAAACAAAACAUUCUUAGAGUACGGCUUUGGAGAUUGUGAUUUGAAUUGGGAUUAUAUUAAAUCCUUUUUGCACUACA